AUGGACUCUAACCUAAUUCCCUCAGCCUCUUCCAGUGAUUUGAAGGUCUUCUAUUUGAAGAUGAAGGGCGAUUAUCACCGUUACCUGGCUGAGUUUAAGGUCGGUGAUGAGAGGAAAACCGCCGCUGAGGACACCAUAAUCUCUUACAAGGCUGCUCAGGAUAUAGCGAUUGCCGAUCUUGCAUCUACACAUCCAAUUAGGUUGGGGCUAGCGCUCAAUUUCUCAAUGUUCUACUAUGAGAUUCUCAAUCAAUCUGAUAAAGCUUGCACCUUGGCCAAACAGGUGCUUUCUUUCAACUCAAAUCAUAAUUUCACAUGUUUGCUUCAUUGGGCCACUGCGUAG